AGCUCAUCCGUUGGUCUUAGGAACCAAAAACUCUUGGUGCAAAUCCAAGUAAAAGCUAUGCACCCAACAACCCUAACCCUAUCUUCCUCACUAAUUCUGGUUAUUGCUAUUCUCAUUUACCCCCUUCUUACUACCCUUAACCCCGAACCCAAAGACCAAAAAUGAGCGGUUUCCCAUGUCAAAACCGCUGUAAGCACUGCAUUUUUAGUAAGUCUCUUACCGCUAAUAAUUUUCCUUGACCAGGGGGCCGAAACCAUUGUUACAAACUGACACUGAAUAAAUACCGCCCCCUUUGAUAUUAACAUUAGCUUUAAGUUUGACCACUACUCCAUUAUUUUUACACCUAUUGCCCUAUACGUAACCUGAUCCAUUCUUGAAUUUGCAUCCUGAUACAUACACUCUGACCCAUUCAUAAGCCGAUUUUUUAAGUAUUUACUUUUAUUUCUGGUGGCUAUAAUUUUACUUGUUACCGCAAACAACAUAUUCCAACUCUUCAUUGGCUGAGAAGGCGUAGGUAUUAUAUCUUUCCUCCUUAUCGGCUGGUGGUACGGGCGAGCAGACGCUAAUACAGCGGCCUUACAGGCCGUCCUAUAUAACCGAGUGGGAGAUAUUGGCCUGAUUAUAGCUAUAGCAUGACUUGCAAUAAACCUCAACUCAUGGGAGAUUCAACAAAUCUUCUUUCUGUCAAAAAACUUCGACAUGACCCUCCCCCUCCUAGGCCUAAUCUUGGCUGCAACCGGGAAAUCAGCCCAAUUUGGGCUCCAUCCCUGAUUGCCCUCUGCCAUAGAGGGCCCCACGCCAGUAUCUGCCCUACUUCAUUCCAGCACCAUGGUAGUUGCUGGAAUCUUUUUACUCAUCCGCCUCCACCCCCUAAUAGAAAAUAAUAGUCUAGCCUUGACAACUUGCCUCUGCUUAGGAGCCAUUACAACCCUAUUCACAGCAGCAUGUGCUCUCACCCAAAAUGACAUUAAAAAAAUUGUUGCAUUCUCUACAUCAAGUCAACUUGGACUCAUAAUAGUCACCAUCGGACUAAAUCAACCUCAACUAGCAUUUCUACACAUUUGUACACACGCCUUUUUUAAAGCAAUACUGUUUUUAUGCUCGGGGUCUAUUAUUCACAGCCUGAAUGAUGAGCAAGACAUCCGAAAAAUGGGGGGCCUCCAAAACCUCAUACCCCUCACCUCGACUUGUUUAACAAUUGGUAGUCUAGCACUAACGGGCACCCCUUUCUUAGCCGGCUUUUUCUCAAAAGACGCCAUUAUCGAAGCCCUAAACACCUCUCACCUAAACGCCUGAGCCCUGACCCUCACCCUCAUCGCCACCUCCUUUACCGCAGUUUACAGUUUCCGUGUGGUAUACUUUGUCACUAUGGGCUCCCCCCGAUUCCUGCCUUUAUCACCCAUUAAUGAAAAUAAUCCUUCAGUUAUUAACCCCAUCAAACGGCUAGCCUGAGGAAGUAUUGUUGCUGGAUUAAUUAUUACAGCAAACUUUUUACCCUCAAAAACACCCAUCAUAAGCAUACCCCUCACCCUUAAACUAGCAGCCCUGCUAGUAACCAUUAUUGGCCUACUCAUUGCUAUAGAACUCACUGCCCUAACCAAUAAACAAUUUAAAGUUAUACCUAAAAUUAUUGUGCACCACUUCUCAAACAUGUUAGGCUUCUUCCCUGCAAUUAUUCACCGACUAAUUCCAAAACUUAACCUAUUUUUAGGACAAUCUAUUGCUACACAACUCGUAGACCAAACAUGGUUUGAAGCUGCCGGCCCCAAAGGCAUGUCCUCCCUCCAAGUAAAAAUGGCUAAAAACUGUAAGUGACUCACAACAAGGUAUAAUUAAAACUUACCUAAUAAUCUUCCUUCUAUCCACAACUAUUGCUGUUCUAUUGGCCAUAUCUUAAACUGCCCGAAGAGAGCCCCGGCUUAACCCUCGAGUCAGCUCCAAAACCACAAAUAGGGUUAAAAGCAACACCCACGCACAAAUUACUAACAAACCCCCUCCAGAAGAAUAUAUUAUAGCCACACCACUAAUAUCCCCCCCGCAACAUGGAAAGUUCCUUAAAAGAGUCAAUUACCAUCCAAGAACCUUCAUAUCAUCCCUCAUAAAAUACCCCCAUUACUAGACCCACGCCAACUAAAUAGACCAGGACAUAACCAAGCACAGAACGGUCACCCCCAAGACUCCGGAAAAGGCUCAGCAGCCAGAGCUGCCGAAUAGGCAAACACUACAAGCAUUCCCCCCAGGUAAAUUAAAAAAAGAACUAAUGAUAAAAAAGACCCCCCAUGGCUAAUUAACACACCGCAUCCAACCCCUGCCGCCACUACUAAACCCAAAGCGGCAAAAUAAGGUGCAGGAUUAGAAGCCACAGCAACCAGUCCAAUAAUUAAAGCUAUUAACAGUAAAGACACUAAAUAAGUCAUAAUUUUUACUCGGAUUUUAACCGAGACCAGUGACUUGAAGAACCACCGUUGUUAUUCAACUAUAAAAACCCUUCUAA